GCUGGUUACCCGGCAGAGAGAUUUAACCUACCUGCUUUCCUACGGAUACAAAUUAUAAGAAUCCGCACUUGUCUUGAAGAGAUCAUUACCUUUUAGGUAUGAUUACAUUAUAUUUUCCAAAAGGUAUACUGAUUUUUGCCCUCUUCAUCUUGAACGUCAGGGCGCUGGACACGUUUAUUGCCGCCGUGUACGAGCAUGCCGUCAUAUUGCCAAACAGAACAGAAAAACCUGUUUCAAAUGAAGAAGCUUUGCUCCUGAUGAACAAGAACAUAGACAUUUUGGAAGAAGCAGUCAGGCUUGCAGCCAAGCAGGGUGCACAGAUCAUUGUGACCCCAGAAGAUGGGAUCUAUGGUUGGGUCUUCACCAGGGAGAGCAUUUAUCCCUAUCUGGAAUAUGUACCAGCCCCGGAAGUGAAUUGGAUUCCCUGUAGAGAGCCCAAGAGGUUUGGCAACACCCCAGUGCAAGAGAGACUGAGCUGCCUGGCUAAAGACAACUCUAUCUACCUCGUGGCAAAUAUUGGGGACAAGAAGCCAUGCAAUGCCAGUGACCCUCAGUGUCCCCCCGAUGGCCGUUUCCAGUACAACACCAACGUGGUAUUCGAUGAGGGUAGGCUGGUGGCCCGCUACCAUAAGUACAAUCUUUUUGCAUCAGAGAUUCAAUUUGAUUUCCCCAAGGAUUCAGAAUUUGUGACUUUUGACACCCCCUUUGGAAAGUUUGGUGUCUUUACUUGCUUUGACAUUUUUUCUCACAACCCGGCGGUGGUGGUGGUGGACAAGUUCCAAGUUGACAGUGUUCUGUACCCCACAGCAUGGUACAACACGCUGCCCUUGCUCUCGGCUGUCCCCUUCCAUUCAGCAUGGGCCAGGGCCAUGCGGGUCAACAUGCUUGCUGCAAACACUCACAACACCAGCAUGCACAUGACAGGGAGUGGAAUCUAUGCCCCCGAAGCCGUCAAGGUGUAUCACUACGACAUGGAGACCAACAGCGGACAGCUGAUGCUUGCAGAAUUGAAGUCUCGGCCUCGCUGGGAGCUCACCUACCCUGCGGCCGUGGACUGGAGUGCUUAUGCCAGAAGUGUCCAGCCAUUUCCCUCCUGGCAGUCAGAUUUUCGAGGGAUGAUUUAUUUUGAUGAGUUCACCUUCACUGAACUGAAGAGAGACACAGGAAAUUACACAGUGUGCCAGAAAGACCUGUGUUGUCACUUAACUUACAAGAUGUCUGAGAAGCGCCUGGAUGAGGUCUUUGCCCUGGGCACCUUUGAUGGACUGCACACAGUUGAAGGCCAAUAUUACUUACAGAUAUGCACGCUGCUGAAAUGCCAGACCACUGAUCUGAGGACCUGCGGGGAGCCUGUGGGCUCAGCUUUCACCAGGUUUGAAGAAUUCUCCCUCAGUGGCUCAUUUGGAACAAGCUACGUCUUCCCACAGAUCGUCCUGAGUGGGAGCCAGCUGGCCCCCGAAAGCCACUAUGAGGUUUCAAAGGAUGGGUGCCUCAGGAGCCGGAGCGGCACCCCUCUGCCUGUCUUAGUUAUGGCGCUAUAUGGCAGAGUGUUUGAGAAGGACCCUCAACGCUUAGGCCAGGGACCUGGGAAAUUACAAUGAUGUCCUACACCAGAGCCUGUUGGGGUUUAGCCUGGCAAAGCAGAGGGUGGGGUGCUGGAGACAGGGAAGGGGAGGGAGAGUUAGAGAAAGGAGAAAGAGGGCCCUCAGUGUCUGCCUAGAAGAGAUGCCAGAAACUUAGUGUAACAACAAAUAAACUUCAGAUUUAAAAAGCAAGGACUGUUCUGUGGCUUGAAUACGAUUUUUCCUGUCACUUUGUGAUACUCUCUGCCAACCAUUGUCACAUGAGGGCCCUGGACCUUAGACUAGAACCACGGACCCAAAUAAACCUUUCCUUUUUCUUUAUAACGUACCCUGCCUAUGGUAUUAUGUUAUCAGCAACUGAUGGGAAGGGAUCUGAGAAUGGGGUGGGACCAGAGGGCAGAGAGGAGAGGGGGAAAUAAAGAUGAUUAAGAUCCCAUAUGUCCAUGUACUAAUUCUCUAAGUUGAAUGUAAUUAUUAUGCAUUGCAAACAUAUUCUAGCAAAAAUUUUGUAAAAUUAACAAGGUAAAUUAAAAAGGCUGUGUGCAUAUUUGGUGUAGCUCAACUGUCUGUGCUGCGUUCACCUCGCGGCUGUGUAAGUGUGUGUAAGUAUGGAUACGUAGAGUAGAACAUGCAUUGAAAUGUGAGGAGAACCUAGAAAACUCCUUUGCAAUAAUUGCUCUGAUGUAUGCAAAUGUCACUUCCAUAGGGGGAUGGUUAAUUUGCAUGUUAAUUGCCUAGCCGCGGGUGCCCGGCUAGCUGGUCGGGGGUUAUUUCUGCUUGUGACCUUGAGGGCAUUAGAACUGCUGGACUUAGUGAUGCCUCCCCAGUACGGGCAGGCAUCAUCCAGUCCCUCAAUGGCCUGUAGCACAAAAGAGGCAGGGGAAGGAUGUGUUCAUUUUCUGCCUGUUUGAGCUGGGACUUGGGUCUUCUCCGCCUGAUGUGUGGGCCGUCAGAUCUGGAUUGGCCUGACACCCUGAGCUCAACUGUCAGCUCUUCACACUCUACUGCUGGCUUUCCUGGGGCUCCAGCUCACAGAUACAGCGCAGCUCAUAGGACUCCUCAGCCUCCAUGGCUAGGUGAUUCAGUACCUUACAUUAAACUUGUUACAUAAAUAUACAUCCUGUCGCUGGGUGACUCGGUAACUUAUAAUAAACAUGGUACAUAAAUAUAUAUCCUGUCCAUUCUCUUGGUCUGGUGAAUCCUGGCUACUUCACAUUGCUUGUGAAUGCACAGGGCGAACUUUGAACAUACAGGAAGUAUUUGAUUGAAGUUGAGUGAUAUACAGAAAUUUGUGAAUGAAGGCAUCUUUUCAAAUAAUCACGAACAACUUUGUAACUAAUUAAAAUUGUUCCAUUAUCUUUUUAUCAUAAUCUACUUGACUCAUAAGUCAAUUAGUGUGGAAAUUAGGAUGGAAAUAAUAAAGAAAUAAAUAACUUUCUUCAGAUCACAUGGUUUCCUUCCGAAUUUAUUCCAUCUUAAAUUCUGUCCAAUUUCGGUUAAGCCCCAUGCAAGGCACAGGCAUUAGUUGCAACCUGUGCUUGCGGGAGCUUGCUUAGGCAGGGAUCCCAUCACCUUUCCCCUAGCAACCUUUGGCCCAGUUUCCCUGGCUCUCAGAGUCCUGCUGGUUGGUCACUGAUUAACUCCUGGGAGAGACUUACAGGAGAGCAAGUGAGUUCUCCGGGAUGCUGUGGGGAGGCUGAGGAUCACUGAGUUUAGGGACAUCUCUAGUAGCCACAGGAAGUAUGAUAACUGCAUUCAUGGGCUUUUUCCAGGCUUGAAAGCUGGAGACCUUCUGGGCAGCAGAAAAUGCCUUUGGUCUCCCCAAUCCCAUCUCUCUUAGAUUCUCCCUUUGGAGCUGGCGUCCUCAGGUCCUUGGGUGGUAACAGACCGUGGUCUGGAUGGUCCUGCCACGCAAGACAUGAGGGCAUCUUCCUGCUUUCUGACUGACACUGGCUCCUCUUAGGCUUCUUUCUUCUCCCCUAGACAGUCAUCUGGAGGUUGUUGCACACACGGGCCUUGGUUCCCUCCCCUCCGCUCGCUGCAGGCACUCUCACCUUACCGGACUUCUGCCCGCUCUUCAGAAUCUGAUCUUAUGGUCCUUCCUCAGAUGUUCUUCUCCAAGACAGAACAUCUGAACUACCCCCCUUGAAGUGGUUUUACCCCUUAUCUUUUCAUACCUGUGUUUUAAAUUUCCUUUGCUAGCCUCUCCCACUUUCCUUGCCCCACUUCUCAUUUUAUUGACCACGAACUUAUAAACGAGGAGCCUUCCCAGACUCAAAUCUCUCAGCUGUAUCCUCCUCAUCUACAUUACUUCCUUGGAGAACUUCAACCAAGUAUUUCUGAUACUGCAGAGUAAAACUCACAGAUUAGUUAAAAAAAAAUCAUGACAGCCAGUCCAGGCUAUGGAAUAAACUGAACACGAUAAACUGGUUGUGGUGGUACAUACCCAUACUCCUAGCAUUCUGGGGAAGGCUGAGGCAAGAUCACAAGUUUGAGCCCAACUAGGGCAACUUAGUGAGACUCCGUCUCAA